AUGGAGACAUACUCUCAGCUCAAUCGCGCACAGCUCAGCUUCGAUUAUCUCCAUACCAACUCAACAACUCAUGAGUUUCUUUUUGGUGCCAUCGCGGAACUCAUCGAUAAUGCACGUGAUGCUGGUGCGACCGAACUUGACAUUUAUACAAUUAAAGAUAAUUCUGUUCGUGGGAAUUUCCUCCUUUGUUUGGCAGACAAUGGCUGCGGGAUGACACCAGAUGAUGUUAAAAACGUUAUAAUUUUCGGGAAGUCGUUGAAGAAAUGUGAAGACACUGCCGCUAUAGGUAUGUACGGAAAUGGCUUGAAAUCUGGCUCUAUGCGGAUCGGGAAUGAUUUGGUGCUGUUCACGAAAAAAGACGGUAUAUUCACCUGUCUUUUCUUGUCAAGAACUUUCCACGAAGAAGAGAAGCUUGAUGAGGUGGUUGUUCCUAUGCCUUCUUUUAAAGGUCCCGAGAAAACACCUGUUGCAGACACUCCUGAAGACAAGAAAAAACAUGAUCUCGAGAUGCAUUUAAUCUUGAAGUACUCUCCGUUCCGCUGCCUGAAAGAUUUCUAUGCACAGUUCGAUAAACUUAAAGAAAAUUCUGGGACCGUGGUGAUUAUCUACAACAUGAAGCUUCUUGAUCAUGGGGGACCUGAGUUAGACGUCACCACAAACCCACGGGAUAUACUACUUAGCCCCGGUUCAGAGCAAGAGGAAACAGUAGAACCAGAUGCUGAAGUUAUGCUCCCACCAGAAAGACGCAGUCUUCGAGCCUACGUAUCAAUACUAUAUUCUGAUCCCCGUAUGAAGGUAUACUUACAAGGUCGAAAAGUGCAAACCAAACGACUGCUUGCAACACUGCAUAGUACUCGAAAAUAUAAUUUUGCCAGCAAAACCUUCCGUACUAGAGCUGAAGCUGAUUUAGCGAAAGCAAAAAACGACGUAAGAAUAGCUGAACUUCGGGCUCAAGAAGCGGAAAGCAAGGCUCGGGAUUGUGAACUUCGUUAUCAAGGGUCUGAAGACCCUGAACAUUUGCGCCAAAUACGUCGUCUUCGAAAUGCUGCUGCUGAAUUACGCGGGACAGUAGCUAUUCGGCAGAAUAUUGUUACACGGAAAUCCAAAUCUAUCAAGGAUCCUAAAACACUGACAUUUUAUUUUGGUGUAAAUGUUAUGAACCGUGCAUGUGAUGGUAUGUUUGUUUAUAACUGUUCCCGUUUAAUCAAAAUGUAUCAACGAAUUGGACCGCAACAAGACUCUAGUAUGAUGUGUCGUGGUGUGGUCGGAAUUGUUGAUGUGCCCUAUAUGGUUCUUGAGCCAACACAUAACAAGCAAGAUUUUGCUGAUGCUAAAGAAUAUCGUCAACUUAUGCGUGCAAUGGCAGAUCAUUUAAUGCAAUAUUGGGAUGACCUUGGUAUCGAUAAAGAAGCAGAUAGUUUGAUACGUUUUUGGAAAAGUUUUGGAUAUUUAUCAGCACGUUGGAGAGAUCCACCUAGUAUAGAGGAGAAAUAUGCCCGUCGUCGGUGUUGUUCCGUCUCCAUUUGUGUUCAAUGUGAUAAAUGCUUAAAGUGGAGAAUACUUCCAUUUUCACAAAGCCUUGUAGGACGAGAUGUUCCAGAUAAUUGGCAAUGUCGGGAUAAUCCAGAUCAUAAGCAUAAAAGGUGUGAGGAUCCUGAAGAAGAUAUGAGUCCACCAAUGGGGGUCCUGAAACGGAAAAUCAAAACCAAAGAACAAAGACAAGCAGAACUUGAAAAACAAAUCCGUAAAAAACAGGAAGAACUUGAACUCAUCCAAGAUCCUGAUGAUGAAAAGGUUGACAAUCCUAAUGCUACGACUCGUAGUGGUCGGUUAAGUGGACCUGUCAAUACUCUUUCUAAAUCUCCACGUAAACGUCCCCCACCACCUCCCGCACCUACUCCUAGCCCUCCUAACAAACGGUCUGCACAUACUCCCUCCGCUCCUCUUGCGAUGACAGUCGCCGAUAAAAAACGUCAAGCUGGAUUAGCAUCAUCAAAUGGUCCUACACCUUUGUCAUCUGAAAAACGUACUGGUUUACCACUACCAACAAGUAACCAACGACAACCACGUCCCGGAGGUCUAGUCCCCAAGGCUCAACAACGGAAUUCAACAACUCCUAAAGGACGUAGAGUCACAACAGCAGAUAGUGAAAGCAGUGAGGAAGCGACAAGUGAUGAAGAAGAGGAAGAGGAAGAAGAAGAAGAGGUAGAAAAAGUUGCAAAAGACGACAAUAAACAACGCAACAAACAAGGUGCAGCUCCCUCAAAAGUUAACUCCGCCACCUCUGCAAAAACAGGUAUUUCAAAAACUCAAGAAAAAGCUAUCUCUAAGCCAACCGAUGAAGUUAAUGGUAAAAGAGUCAGUAGUCGAGAAAAAAGUCCUGUUCAGGAUACUGUAACAAUGCAUCAUCGGAAUAGAAAUUCAACGGGUCGAGACAACGGUGAUGUGUCAUCCGUUAAAAACAAAGAUCAGAAUGCCAAUGAGAAUUCAGUGGGAGAAAAAAGUAGAGAAGUGAAUUCAACAGUUACUUCUUUAUCUUCCGAAGCUAAUAUCGCAUUAAAUAGGAAGAUCCAGGAGAAAUUCAAGGUUUGUUUACGGUAUUUCUUACCACCUGAAUGGCCAAUGGAGAAAGAUCAGAUCCAUACUCUUACAGAUUCUGAUCUUGCUAGCUUCCCCUUAGAAGACUUCUUCGAUCGGUAUGAACAAGGUCUCCGAUCUCUCUUGGCCACCUUUCAACAAGAAACUAAAAUAUACUCAGAUCGCUUAACAGAAUUACGUUUCAGUGUUUGUGAAUUAUUAAAGAAAUAUGAUCCGAGCUUUACUGAACCCUUGAGUGAUGUGGAAGAAGUGGAUAAUUAUGUGAGAAAUUUCCUUGCCAAAGGUUAG